AUGGCCGCCUCUGUAGCCGCCACAGCAUCUGCUGCCCCCACCCCCGCCCUAGUCACAGCCGCGCUAGCCGCCUUUCGACGUCACACACACGCACACGCCUCGCCGCGCCGUCCCUUCUCCUCAUUCCCUUCUCCUUCCGCGGCUGCCACGGCCACCGCGCCCCGUUCCGCCUGCGCACCAGCCGCGCUCGCCGCAGUCCCGCUCGCGCUCUCCCGCGCCUCCGCCACCAGCGCUGCGUACCCAUCCGCCACACCCGCGUCGCUCCGCGCAUUCCGCACCCCGUCGCUGAUCAGCGCGCCGCGAGGUUCCGCCCGUCGCGCCGCAGUCGUCGCCAUGUCGUCAUCGGCCGCUGACGCGAGUGGCGUCUCGCCCACUGCCGGCGGCGGAGCGGAGGCUCCCCCGGAGGGGUAUCGCGCGAACGUGGGGGUGUGCGUGGUGAACGCGGCGAACGAGGUGUUCGUGGCGUCGCGACUGGACAUGCCUGGCGCGUGGCAAAUGCCGCAGGGCGGCAUUGAUGCGGGGGAGGACAUCCGCAGCGCCGCCCUGCGCGAGCUGCGCGAGGAGACUGGCAUCUCGUCCGCCCUGCUGCUCGCGGAGACGCCUGAGUGGCUGUGCUACGACUUCCCUCCCGCUGUGCGCCAGAAGCUUGCCGUGCAGUGGGGCCGCGAGUGGAAGGGACAGGCUCAGAAAUGGUUCCUGUUCCGCUUUGUGGGGGAGGAGAGUGAGAUCAAUCUGGAGGGGCAGGGAGGCGAGCCGCCAGAGUUCUCCGAGUACAAGUGGCUGCCGCCUGCUGACGUGGUGGCUGCGGCGGUGGAAUUUAAACGACCUGUUUAUGAAGCUGCCAUGCCAGUCAACGCAAGUCAAGAAGCGUCGCCGGGCGCGGGGAAGACGGGGAGCGACCAGCGGCAAGAGGCAUCAGGACCCGCCGGUACCGGUGCGUCCGAGUCUGGCGGAUCUGAAGCCCGCUCCGAUGGCGCAGGGGGUUCUGGGGGAGCCGGGGGAGCGGGGGGAGCAGGGGGAGCAGGGGGAGCAGGCGGAGAAGCGGGAGGAGAAACUGGAUCUGGGGAGCAAGCAAGCGGGGGGGCGACGGAGGGCAGUGAUGGGCGAGCGAAGGUGGUGUGGCCGUUGGAUCGGGCUCGGCAGUUGGUCAAGCGCGUGGUGGGGUUCGUGACUUCGCGCGUGUCGUGGCUGGCGCGAUCUGGUCCUUUCGAAAGGGUGAAGAAGGCGGUGCUAUUUCUGCGCGAGGAGCUCACCACGCCGCCCGCCAAACGCCUGGCCGCCAAGCGCAAGGCGGAAGCAGAGGCCAUGGCGGCCGCCGCCAAGGCGUUUGAGCCGUCAGAUCGCGUGGAUCUGACGGUGGUGAAGAGGAAGGUGCCGUGGUGGCGAGCGCGCAUUGAGAGUGUGCUGAAUAAGGUGAGGGGCCACUGGGUGGUGCAGCGGGUAUACGGCGUGCAGCACCACCCCAUCGUCACCAAGAGCAAGGAGGUGGUGGAUGACAUGAAGGACCGGUGGGAGACGAGUGACAGCCCUGUCGUGCACCGCAUUCAAGAUUUGAACGAUUCCAUCUUUGGGGAGACAGCCACAGCCAUGGCUGUGAAGGAAAUCAGGCGCAGAGACCCCGACUUCUCUCUCCCGGACUUCAUUCACGAGGUACAGGAGGACGUGCUGCCUGUGCUCAACGCCUACAUGCAUGGCGACCUAGCAGCACUCAAGGCGCGGUGUCGCAAGGAGGUGGUGGAGCGCUGCCGGGCUGAGCGCUCUGCCAUGCUCGCACAGGGCCUGCACGCCCACCACCGGAUCCUGCACCACUCAGAUGUGGAGGUGCGGGAGGUGAAGCUGGUGGGCAACGACCCCGUCAUUAUCCUCCAUUUUACAUCACAACAGAUCUUCUGCUUAAUGGACAAACAGGGGAAGGUGCACGAAGGGGGCAAGGACAACAUAAUGACCAUGUUCCAUGCGUGGGCCAUGCAGCAGGCAUCAUUGGAGGAUCUUGCAGAAGAUCCCAGUGAGCCCAAGUGGCGCUUGAGAGAGAUGCAGCAGAUGGGCAUGCAAGCACUCAUUUAA